AAAGAAGAAAAUAUUAAGACGGCUCGCCCCAUUCCCCCUACCUAUUGAUGAUUACGUCACAGCAGCCAAGCACCUCARCUCGAUGCGCCUGUCAAGGCAAGAUGGCGACCAAAAAACAAGGUCUGCAUUCAUCUUUCUCGCUUGAAAGUGACUGCUUCGACAGCGGCCGUGAAUUGUUUGAAGCUUGUAGGAACGGAGACGUCAAUAAAGUUCGCCGCCUUGUUGGUGCCAAUGCAAAUGUUAACGCCAGGGACACGGCCGGGAGAAAAUCUUCACCUCUACAUUUCGCAGCUGGUUUUGGUAGAAAAGAAGUUGUAGAAUACUUGCUGCAAUGUGGUGCUGAUGUGCAUGCAAAGGAUGAUGGUGGUUUGAUUCCUCUCCACAAUGCAUGUUCAUUUGGUCAUGCUGAAGUAGUCAAGAUACUAUUAGGUCAUGGUGCUGAUGCUAAUGCCAGGGAUAACUGGAAUUAUACUCCACUACAUGAGGCGGCUGUCAAGGGAAAGGUUGAUGUUUGYGUUGUGUUGUUACAACAUGGUGCUGACCCCAACAUCAGGAACACUGAUGGAAAGACAGCAUUAGAUGUAGCRGAGGCUGCUKCCAAAUUAGUACUUACAGGGGAUUACAAGAAAGAUGAAUUACUAGAAGGAGCAAGAAGCGGCAAUGAAGAAAAACUAAUGUCUUUGUUAACCCCUUUGAAUGUAAACUGUCAUGCAAGYGAUGGUAGGAAAUCAACUCCACUCCAUCUUGCUGCAGGCUACAAUAGAGUAGGGGUGGUYCAGUUACUAUUAAAACAUGGAGCUGAUGUACAUGCUAAAGAUAAAGGUGGACUUGUACCACUACACAAUGCUUGUUCAUAUGGACAUUUUGAGGUUACAGAGCUUCUCAUAAAACAUGGUGCAAGUGUUAAUGCCAUGGAUCUUUGGCAGUUUACUCCACUACACGAGGCUUCUUCUAAAGCAAGGGUUGAAGUAUGUUCAUUGCUGCUCAGCCAUGGUGCAGACCCAACACUGUUAAACUGCCAUUCUAAAAGUGCUGUAGAUGCUGCUCCAAGUAAAGACCUGCAAGAUAAGCUCCUAGGUGAAUUUAAAGGUCACCAGAUAUUAGAAGCAGCAAAAGCCUGUGAUGCGAACAAGAUAAAAAAACUUAUCAACCCAGAUAGUAUUAAUUUUAGACAUUCCAUUUCUCUGGACACUUCACUGCAUAUAGCUGUGAGUUCAUCAUCACCUAAGAGAAAAAAUAUCAUUGAAAUCCUUUUGAAGAAAGGAGCAGACCCAAACCUGCAAAAUAAAAGUUGCUUCACGCCUUUACAUGUAGCAUCUGAGAAGGGCCACCAUGAUGUCAUGGAAUUGUUACUCAAACAUGGAGCAAAGGUGAACGUCAUGGAUGGUAAUGGUCAGACUCCUCUUCAUCUAGCAGCCAUAGCAGGACAGGCUCAGUCUUGUAGAGUSUUGAUGGCUAAUGGUGCUGACCURACAGCACAGACGUACCAGGGUUAUACCGCUAUGGAAGUAGCAGCUGAACCGGCACAGAAGGUGCUGCAUAUCCAUGAUGAUCCCGUGUCUCCUGUUACUGAUGCCGAGAAGCAGUUGUUAGAGGCUGCCAAGACUGGUGAUUUAGACACUGUUAAGAAAUUAUGUAACAGUGUGACGGUAAACUGUCGAGACCUUGACGGUCGCUGUAGUACGCCGUUACAUUUUGCUGCUGGAUAUAAUCGUGUUAGAGUUGUAGAUUAUUUGUUAACCAAUGGAGCUGAUGUACAUGCUAAAGAUAAAGGGGGGCUCGUGCCUUUGCACAACGCAUGUUCUUAUGGACAUUAUGAAGUGGCUGAACUACUUGUCAAGGUAAUGGGCAUACAGUGGAGUCUCCACAUGCGGACGUUCUCACAAGCGGACAGCCCUAAUCACAGRCAGCUGUAAUUCAGAACUCCGAUUUUAGAUUUCUUCGAUGCAUGUACAGUUAAUUGAAAAACCAUAGUCGUGUUCGAAAAGGUCACUUCAUAGAAGUUAAGA